AUGAACUGCUUAUUCGUGCUUGCUCUCGUUGGCCUAGCUGCGCUGGUCAGUGCCAAGGACCUGCCCGACAAGUACUACGGAAAGUUCGACCUCGAUCACUCGGAGAACUUCGACGAGUAUUUGGAGGCUAAAGGAUAUGGCUGGUUCACUCGAAAACUCGUCACAUUCGCCACAUUCAAGAAGGAGUUCACGAAGAGCGACAAACCCGGCAAAUUCGACUACUCGAACCUUACCUCGAAGAAGGACGUCCACUACAAAGACGUCGAACUUGGCAAGGAAUUCGUAGCCGAAGGUCUCGACUCCACCAAGCAUAAGGUAUACCACAUACGACUUUUUACUCCCUCCACCACCUCGCUCUACUGGACAGUUGGCCGGACGGCUGACGCGAUUGAUUGUGGAUUGUUGAUCCUAGGCCAGAUUUAUCUUUGCGUUCACAUUUCAGAUUACAUUCGACCUAGUCGGAGACAAGUUGUUUGA